UCACAGGUCCAAUGCCUCUCCUCAACAAGAAACCUUUCUCCUUGCUGGAGCCACCAAAGGACUUGGACCCUGAGCAGGCGGUUUUCCAAAUUCGCUUCACCAAGGAGAUAUUCCUAGAUUACCAAGAAUAUGUUAAGAGGUUGAACCUUUAUCGCCAGAGAGUUUGGACAUGUAACGUGUCUGGGAAAUCCAAUUUGACUUUCGAAGAAGCUUUGGUGUCUGAGCACCAGGCGAUGGAGAAGGUUCAGAACUUACCGACAGAGAUAAUGGCUCAUGUUCUCAGGAUGACUCAGUACAGCACCCUUGGCUUAAUUGAGCUUGUCAACAAGAUAUAUGUUGCUCUCCAGGAAGAUGUAUUUGAAGGAAUAGAGUUGCAUGCUAAAAAGGAUGAUGCUGAAGCUCCCUGCAAGAUUUUGAAGAUUUUAGAUUCUGGUGACACAAAGUUGUAUGAGGUGGGCUGGAUUCGUCAAGGCAAGAGCAAGACUGUGAUCAACACGUCAGUAGUCAAAGCUACAGAUCUGAUACGCCGCAGGGCGCCUGUUAGCAGGAAUAUUCUGAAGCUUUUGAUCCGGGAUUCAACAUCACAUAGUACCCCAUGGAUUCUACAUGAACAUCUUGCCAAGAAAUAUGGCAUAUCCAUGGAGCCCCCUAAUGACAUAAUGUAUGGUGAAGGUUUGCAAAAGAAAGGGAGGAAAAGGCAUGACUGUGUAACUACUGAAGAUGGGAGAAAAAAGUCCAAGAAAGACGAGGGACAUGCAUCUGUGCCAAUUAAGUACCCAAUAGAUGAUCUCUUAGUAAGCCCUGCUGCAGAUGAUCCUGCUUUGUUGAAGAGGCCUCCUCUGGUUACAGAUUUUGGGAUACCAAGAAAUUCUGUGGGAGAUUUACUUAUGGUAUGGGACUUCUGCUUAUCUUUUGGGAGGGUUCUGAAUCUGUACCCGUUUUCACUAGCAGAUCUGGAGAAUGCAAUUUGCCACAAAGAAAGCAAUGUUCUUAUUGUGGAAAUACAUUCAGCACUGUUCCGUUUGCUUAUUGAGGAUGACAGUGAUUAUUUUACAGCUCUGCAGACCAACAAAAGGAAAUCAAAGUUAAGUUCAGAAAAGUGGGCUGAAUAUCUUAGUUUUUUCUUGGAGAAGACAGAGAUUGAAGAACUCUCCUGUAACUCUGGGGCUGUAAGAAGGGGUUACUAUGGUCCUAUAGACGUUGACAUAAAACUUAAGAUUCUCCAGGAACUAGUCGAAGAAGCUAUUGCAACUGAUGCUAUAAGAGAGAAACUAAGUGAGCGGGUAGAGCAGCAACAGGCUCUUGUUGCAACAAAAAGAGAGAUUGCCAGAAAGGAGAGAGAAGAGAAAAACAAAAACAGUAAAGAUGAGAACAAUGAUGUUGUACAAGAUGGCAACGAGUGUGUUGAUGAGCAGCGUAAGGGGAAAGAAGAAAGCGAUAAGAGAGAUGUUUCCGCAAGCAAGACGGAAAGAAAAUUGCAUCUGGUGCGACACCUUGAAACUGAGAAGGCAAAAUUAUCCAUCCGUGCCAGCCCUCUUGGGAAAGAUAGAAACUAUAAUAGGUACUGGUUUUUCAAACGUGAAGGAAGGCUUUUUGUUGAAAGUGCAGAUUGCAAAGAAUGGGGAUACUACAGCACGAAGGAAGAGCUUGAUGUGCUCAUGAGCUCACUAAAUGUGAAAGGUAUACGAGAGAGAGCUCUCAAAGUGCAGCUGGAGAAGUUCUAUAAUAGCAUAAGCAAUGCGCUAGAGAAGCGAUUGAAAGAGAUCACUCACAAAAUAUCACUCGAGGAGGCUGUGCUGCGCCGUUCCACCCGUGUUCGAGCUCAGCCAAGGGACAGCCCUUCCAUGGCGUUCCUGAAGUACGUCAACAAAUGGAACGAACACUAAGCUAUUGGAUGACAUUGUUUGCGCUAGGAGAUUAUGAUGGCCUCGUGGGGCGUUCUCUGUGAUCUGCAUUCCCUGUGGCUGCUCCUGGAGGCUGGAGACAUGGUCACCCAGCCACCUUGGGAUCUUGGUUUGCAAGAUUGCAGAGUGCACAAUGGGAGGACUUAUUUCUGCCUCUCGCUGGAGCUAGUACUCCCUCUAGAGCUAGCAUUUGAAAUAUAUCCUUCUUAGAGCAAUGUAUCUUAGCUGUAAUAAGAGAAUAUGGUACUAGAGCAUUAGGUAGGAAUAUGUAUGCUGUUUUUUUCAUGUUAAUCUUAUAUGUCACCAGGGCACUCUUCUCUGGGUGUAAUUUUGCUUUUGGCAAAAAUCGCAAGGGAAUGCGGUAGUUUCUUUUUAUUUCUGGAACAAAGAAUGUAGUAACAGUCUGUCCCUUGACUUCAAGGGCAAACGUGUCUU